GCGAUCCCCAGCCAACCAUCCGUUGCGUCUACGUCAACAGGCAAAACACCUCCCUGGCAGUGGCCUUCUCUCAUCCUGUGGCGGUGGCUCCGGCCUCACAUGACCUCAUCGUGUUCGGCGACGAGUCUCCGCUGGUGGUGCGUUGGCGCACGCCGGAGGGGAAGAAUAAACCCGGAUAUAUGUGGCUGUGUGACCUGCCAACCUCUGCCCUCAACGACCACUGGCCUCAACACACCUUCCGUGUCCUCUGGGCCGAAGGACACGUGCAAAAGGAAUGCGUCCUCUUCAAAGGCCACAAGGACUGCUGGAACCAAGAUUCGGUGACGGACGAACAGGUGUUCCGGUGCGAACUCUCCAUUGAGAAGUCCACAGUGCUGCAGUCGGAACUCGAAUCCUGCAAGGAGCUUCAAGCCUUGGAGCCAGAGAACAAGUGGUGUCUCCUAACCAUCAUUCUCCUCAUGAGGGCUUUGGAUCCCUUGGUUUACGAGCAGGAGACCCUCCGCUACUUCUCUGCUUUGAAGGCUGCCGAUCCCAUGCGAUCCUCGUACCUCAACGACCUCUGGAGCAAGUUCCUGAUUGAGAACAGCGUCCUCAAGAUGGAGUACGCCGAUUCGAGGGUGGUGGAUCUCGCCCACAAGGGCCUGACCAGCCUCUGCCACCUGGAACACCUGUUGCUGGUCACACACCUGAAUCUCUCUGAUAACCUCCUCUCUGCCUUCCCCUCCACAGUGGCCAUGAUGCGCUGCCUUGAGGUAAUGGAGGCCGACGACAACCAGAUUGAGAGCCUCGAAGGGCUGCCCCCUCUGCCUUCUCUGGAGGAACUCUCUCUCCGUAACAACCGCAUCCAGCGAGCCUCCGCCCUCCGCAGCCUGGCCGCCUUCCCCGCCUUGGCUCAGCUCAGCCUGCAAGGAAACCCCCUGUGUCAAACCCCCGGCAUCCAAUCGGAGUUGGCCACGCUGCUCCCCAACAUCGCCACUAUCCUCACUUGAUUUCCUGGGAGGGGGAGACAGCGCCAGGGACCCUUAAUUUAUUGCCAAUUAAAAACAUCC